AUGGCAAACAACAUAAGAGAGGACAUUAAGAAUGAUUAUGGCAUUGAGUUGUCAUAUGGAAAAGUUUGGAGAUGCCAAGAGAAGGCUCUUUCUUAUGUCAGAGGGACACUGGAAGCAUCCUACCAGAAGUUACCAUCGUACCUGUUCAUGCUUCAACAGAAAAAUCCCGGGAUGUUGACAGAUUUUGUCACUGAGGAAGAUCGAUUCAAAUAUUGCUUUUUCUCACUCGGAGUUAGUAGAAGAGGGUUUCGUACAUGUCGUCCUGUGUUAUGUGUGGACGACACUUUUUUAAAGACAAAAUACGGUGGGCAGAUGUUAUGUGCAGUCGCGCUGGAUGCAAAUAACCAUCUAUAUCCAGUUGCAUUUGGUAUUGUGGAUAGUGAAAAUCAUGAUUCUUGGAAGUAUUUCAUGUCAGAGCUAAAGGAAGCGAUUGGGGAAGUCGAGGACCUGGAGUUUGUAUCUGACAGGCAUGCAAGUAUUACACAUGCCUUGGAAACUAUUUUCCCCGAUGCCUCUCACGGUGCUUGCUACCACCACAUUAGUAUGAAUGUGGUUGCUAAAUUCAAGAUUGAUCAUUAUCAUGUGUUGAUGUAUAAUGCGGCAUAUGCUUUUAGGAAAUCCGAAUUCCACGCCAACUUCGAAAAAAUUAAAUCAAAAGAUCCAGCCAUUGCUCAAUACCUAGAAGGCAUGGGUUUUGAUAAGUGGUCCUGUGCUUACUUUCCUGGAAAUAGAUAUAAUAUAAUGACAAGCAAUUACGCUGAAAGUUUCAACAAUAAGACCCGGGACGCUAGGAGCUUUCCGAUAACUACAUUCAUCGAAUUUAUUCGCUUCACACUACAGUCCUGGUUCUGUGAUAGGAGAGAAACUAGCGAGAAGACAACUACAACUCUUGCACCGACCUAUGAGAAAAUUUUGGUGGAUAUGGCUGAGAAAGCUCGAUUCUUGAUUCCUUAUGCAAUAGGGAGGCAUGAGUUCCAUGUGUUAGAUGGUGAGCUGAAUGGUGAAGUCGACCUCCUGAAUAAGACAUGCACAUGCGGCGUGUUUCAGAUUAUUGGUAUCCCAUGUGCUCAUGCACUAUCUGGAUCCCUUAAGUGA